CAACGAGCAAUCCCGAGCGGGCAAGAUAGCGCCAUCUUGCCCGCUCGGGUAGCCAAUCACCGCGUAGGAUUCGGUUCAUCAUUAGCUAGCCAUAUAGUAAACGUUAAUGACUGACUGACUGAAUGACUGACUGACUGACUGACUAUACAUAGCUUGCGGGGUCGUGUGAAUAAACAUCCUAACGUUACAGGAAAGCAGCUAGCGGUGAAACAUUCUAUAAAACUAAAGAGGACAAAAAGCCACAAAGAAAACAGAUAAAUAAUACAAAUUCAGCGCACGUUGACCUGUCUUUUGAAAUCUUAAUGUAAGUAAGUUGGAAUGUUUGUUUUGUUUGUGUAUCAGGUGAAGGUUACCAAGGGAAAAGAGACUUUUACGGCAGUGUUCGACCAAGCGAUUCCACAAUGGGUGGGCGUUGACGGGGAGUGGCCAUGGUUCUCUGCUAGAGCAUGGCUUCGACCUUACCUUACGUACUCCGUCAAAAUUUACACGCCGAACACCAACCUUAAUGAUGUAUACCAGGUGGACGUUAUGAUUAAUGGAGAGGAUUACCUGCAAACUCAAAUGAAAACCGUGCUCGAUCCAGUAACCACACCAGAAACAGAAACGGAAGGGUAUGUAAUAUAUCAAAUACUAGAGACUGUGUUUGAUCACUUUUCCAAACACCGAGAACGACGGUUGAAAAUGUGCAGCACAGCGGACCGAGCUGACAGGCGGACGUGUUGA